AUCAAAUCACCCAUUAAUGAACUUUUAUUGGAUAAGAUUUAAGAUGGUUUCUGUGAUCCUUUUUUUGGUUGGUGGUGGAGGUAUAGGAAAACGACGACGUUUUGAGUGGCCUUUUGUUUUCAGUCUCUAGAGUCUAGACCAAUAUAAAACAGAGACGAAGAACGAACGCUUCGAAAAUAUGAAAGGCUUAGAAAUGGUGGUGACGUCUUUCUCUUCAGCGCCGCCUAUCUUCUUCUUCCCUGGAGCUGAUCCUCAGCUUACUUCAACCAAUGUACGCUUUACGACUCCUUCCUCUUCUCUCGUAAAGGGACUAAGAAGACACCAAGAUGUAAAGUUGGUGGGAAACAGAGCCAGAGUUGGAGUAGUUCGAGUUCUAGCAAACCCAAAUGUAUCUCCUCCCCCUCCAGGAAAAGCAAAGGUAAAAAAAGAGGUAAUCAUGGUAGACCCUCUUGAGGCCAAGCGGUUAGCUGGCAAGCAAAUGGAAGAGAUUAAAGGCAGAGAAAAGCAACAGAGAAGGCGUGAAAUAGAGGCUAUAAACGGAGCAUGGGCAAUCAUAGGACUCACAAUAGGGCUGGUGAUCGAAGCCCAAACAGGGAAGGGUAUCCUGGCUCAGUUGGCUGGUUAUUGGUCUGCGGUUGUGCAUCUAUUCGUUCCAUCAACAUAGAAUCUCCCACAGUAAAGAAAAACUUUGACUAUGUCUUGUUGAGUUUCAUUUGGUUUUUGUCUAGUGUGUUCAUGUAAGUCGUUAAACACAUCAUAUUACACACUUUGUUAAUCCUCCUUUGUUUCAAAUGUCAAAUCCUGCUAUUUGCAAAAGAAAA